UAGACCAUCAAAUGGACAAUUAUCAUUCUAGCAACAGUGUAGAAGCAACUAACUAUCCAAUCAAAAUGUUCAAACUGAUCGUUGUUGUCGCCCUCGUCUCGGCUGCAAGAGCUGGAGUCAUCAGUGGAGGAUAUGGAGGAUAUGGAGGACAUGGGGGAUAUGGACUUGGAGAUGGUUUGGGAAUCGGACAUGGAGUCGUGGCAGUUGCUGCUCCAGCAGUAGCUGUUGCUCACGGAGCAAGCUCUUACCAAAAUAGCAAUUUACUCGCCUUGAACCCGACAGCUGUUGUCAGCAAAGUAGCCGUUGCCGCCCCUAUUGUAACCAAAGUAGCCGCUCCUAUAGCUUAUGGUGUAGCACCUGUAGGACUUGGAUUAGGUUUUGGAAAAGGAGUCUCCUAUGGAUACCAUUAAGUGUACUUACGAACUGGAGUAAUUAUGAACAAAAAGUUGUAUGAGAGCAUGAGAUGAGCAACAUUAUCUUGGAUUAAUUUAUUGAACAGAAAAAAUAAAAUUUAUAAAAAAGUU